GUCACGUGGUACUGUCUUAUAUAACACUUUGCUGAGACAAGACAGUUAUUAGCGGCGGCGCGGGGCGGCCGGCAUGGAGCUCCCGGAGGCGCGGCAAGGACCGGCACGCGGCAACGCUGUGGCCGUGGCAGCCUGGAUUCCCUUCAGCCGUCGCUCUCUGUUCUAGGUCUCUAGCCCUAGACGCCUCUUCCCUGUGCGCCUGCCUCUCGCCAUGGAUUCACUUCAGACUGGACAGAUGUUGAGCUUGCCCGCCGAGCUCGGCGGCAACAACUUAGAACUGGCGGAGCCGGAGCCGGCGGAGCCCGCGACCUCAGCGGCCCGCGUAGAUACCGACCCCCAGCCGGAGGCGGCUACCAAAGGCCCCGCUCCUCUAGCCACUCAGGAGCCGGGGCCGGAGGAGCAGCCUCCCGAGACCUCGACGCCCGAGAGCAAAGUCCUGCUCCAGCAGGCUGACGCCCUGGCGUCUGGGGGGCGCCUCCAGGAAGCCCUUGAGGUGUACAGACAGCUCUCCGAGCGGCAGCAGUUGGUGGCCGAGCAGCUGGAACAGCUGGUGCGCUGCCUGGCCCAGAAAGUCUCAGAAAGCGAGGCGCUGCCGCCGGCGCCCCCGGACGGGAGCGGCGCGGCGAGCUGUGAGGCGGUGGCGGAGGAGGCAGGGGUGACAGCGGCCGCCGCCGAGGCCACCGAAGUGUGGGACGGUUUCAAGUGCCGGAAGUGCAAUGGAUUUCUGUCAGACCCCGUGUCCUUGUCGUGCGGCCACACCUUCUGUAAACUGUGCCUGGAACGCGGGAGGGCAGCCGACCGGCGCUGCGCUCUGUGCGGGGUUAAGCUCUCGGCAUUGAUGGUGGCCGCCAGCAGGGCCCGCGGGGUCCGGAGAGCCGGGCAGCAGGCGGAAGCGGCCGAAACGCCGCAGCCGCAGCCGCUGCCGCCGCCGCCGCCGCCACCACCGCCGCUGCGGGUCAACGUGGUGCUCAGCGGCCUCCUGGGCAAGUUGUUCCCCGGCCCCGCACGGGCGUCGCAACUCCGGCACGAGGGCAACCGGCUGUACCGAGAGCGCCAGGUGGAGGCGGCGUUGCUGAAGUACAACGAGGCGGUUCGCCUAGCUCCAAAUGACCACCUGCUUUAUAGCAACCGGUCUCAAAUAUAUUUCACCUUGGAGUCUCAUGAGGACGCACUGCAUGAUGCAGAAAUAGCAUGUAAGCUCCGCCCAAUGGGUUUUAAGGCACACUUCAGAAAAGCACAAGCCUUAGCCACCUUAGGCAAGGUGGAGGAAGCACUAAGGGAGUUUCUAUAUUGUGUGUCCCUCGAUGGAAAGAACAAAAGAGCAAGAUCUGAAGCCAAGAGGCUUCUCCUUAGUUUCUUUUCACCAUCAGUCCCGGGGGAUUCUCAGGAACAUUUUCCCGAUAUCCUGAAGUUGUUGGCACCUCACCCUAGAUUAAAGGAACACGUAGAAUCAAUGGCUACUGAAGGCACCAGUCAUAAUCUACCAAAGUUGUCACAGGAAAAUCCGGAGCUCCCACACUGUUCUAGUCAGGAGGAAGCAGCGGCAGGGGGAGACUGCGGCAGCCUGGCAAACCCAGUUAAAGUAGAGGGGGAGGGGCAACAAGGCGACCAGAAAGGCCAGGCAGGAGAGGAGAAGGGGGAUGCUGCCUCUGCAGAAGCUAUCUCUGACAAGGCUGGCAAAUGCCAAGAAAAGAAAAGGAAGCAUUGUCAAACUGGAACCCAAGAUCCAGAGGUGCCCACUAAAGCCUCAAAGCCAGAUCCUCCUGCUGACCAGGAGGCCAGAGCUGCUGUCAGUGUUCCACUGCCAUUGUUUGUUGAUGCGUCUGACCUUGAAUGCGCCCUAUGCAUGAGAUCAGGACCUGUGCUGAACUCAAGAGUCACGCUCAACCAACUGAGCCACCCAGUACGCCUUGUAGAUUCUUUUAGAUUUGACCAGUUCACCAUCACACCAUGUGUAAAUAAUGACAGAUUAUUCUAUGAGCCAGUCACAACACCUUGUGGGCAUACAUUUUGCUUAAAAUGCCUUGAAAGAUGCCUAGAUCACAAUGCAAAGUGUCCGCUAUGCAAAGAUGGUCUUUCACAGUGCUUGGCAUCCAGAAAAUAUAGCAAAAAUGUCAUAAUGGAAGAGCUAAUAGCUAAAUUCCUUCCAGAAGAACUCAAGGAACGAAGGCGGCUUUAUGAAGAAGAGAUGGAAGAACUUUCUAACUUAAAUAAGAACGUGCCUAUUUUCGUGUGUACUAUGGCCUAUCCCACCGUUCCUUGUCCCCUGCACAUCUUUGAGCCUUGUUACCGUCUGAUGAUUCGUAGAUGCAUUGAGACAGGCACAAGGCAGUUUGGCAUGUGCCUUGGAGAUCCUGUCAAAGGCAGGUUUGCGGAGUAUGGGUGUAUCCUGGAGAUCAGAAAUGUUCAGUUCUUUGCUGAUGGCCGCUCUGUGGUGGACAGUAUAGGCAAGAGGCGCUUCAGGGUCCUCCACCAGGGCCAGCGAGAUGGUUACAAUACAGCCGACAUUGAAUACAUUGAAGACCAAAAGGUUCAAGGAGAAGAUUGUGCAGAGCUCAUGGGAUUACAUAAUUGUGUCUAUGAGCAAGCAUCAUCGUGGUUUCAUUCGCUCAAAUCAUCUCUGAAGAAUCGGAUACUCAGUCACUUUGGUCCAAUGCCAGAGAAAGAUGCUGAUCCCCAGAUUAACCCGAAUGGUCCAGCCUGGUGCUGGUGGACCUUAGCAGUUCUUCCAUUGGAAAGCCGAGCUCAGCUCCCAUUUCUAGCAAUGAGGUCCUUAAAGGAUAGACUGAACGGUAUUCGGCGAGUCCUGGCCUUUAUAUCCCGAAACCAAAACUAGUGAGAGUGGAUUGCUGGAGAGGAGCUCCCAUCCUCCCCACCACCCAUGGGGGGAGUCAUCUUGUAAAUAUAUCUAAUUGCAAUAACAUCUUAACAGAAGGAAGUAUCAAAUAGGCAUUUCCCUGCUGUUGAUCACAGAGAGAAAUUGUGUCUAAAGACCAAAAGCAUGGGACCUGUUUGAAACUUUCUGUCUUAAGAUGCUUCUUGACAUGCUGCACAACUACAUGCUCAGCAGAGGUGUUUAAAAGCCCAGAAAAAAAAAUUAAUUUUAUUUCAACAUAAACUUCUCUGAAAGUUUAAAGUGGUUUUGCUUUUAAUUUUCUUUCUUGCAUAGUUAAGUGUGUGAUUGAAAUGUGAAGCACAGAUACUAAUAAUGUUGCUGUGUUAUUUCACUGACUUGAGUUCUCAUUCCAAAUGGUUCAGGUUUUAUACAGAAUUGUGUAAAAUAAUAUUCAUCCUUCUUUCGGUUUUAAUAAUUUAUUUUUUGCACUACUGUAUCCUUUUUUCUACAAGUAUGUAACUAUUUAAGUGUUCAUUACUGAAAAGCCAGUUGCUUUAUUUAUUAACGUGGUUUACCAUUUACCAAGGGGGAAGUAACAGUACUAGAAAUGUGCCAUUUUUGCUUUUAUCACAUUUUACUAUGUUUGAUCCCAGUUCUCAAGCCAUUUUUCUAUCUACCCCAUUGGAUGCUUAAAGGAAGUUCAGAGUGACAUUGAGAUCACCAAUCUUCACAGGUUCCAUUUGACUUUCAGUUUGAAUUCAACAAUAUAAAAUACAUAAGUGAUUUGGUAUACAUUAUAGAAUAAGCCAUGGUAAAGUAAAAUAAUCCAUGUUCUAUAUGUUAAACAGAGCAGGGCUGAAGGAUUGCUUUUCCUUGAAUGAAGAGUUGAAUCAGAGGAGCAUCUUUUAGUAUGAUCUAUUAUAGGCAUUUAUCUCAACAGUCUAAUUCUAAAGGUAAAUCAUUUCCCCUCAGUGCAGUUAGGAGUGGGAUUUUGAGGCAGGAUGAUAUUUAACCCUUCAGAGGGAAUGGUUUUCACUUUGUCACACCAUAGCCUCCAUAUCCCACCUCUUUUCAGGGCUCUGAGAUUCACAACCUGGCUAACAUGUGUAGAAACACAUGAAAAAGGGCUGUUUGUUAUUAAAAGUAUAAAGAAGCCAGUAGAAAAAAAUAGAACUCUUUAAAAAAAGACAAACUGUUGUUUUGGUUUAUAAAUCUCUUUAAAGGAAACAGUGAAUCCAUGGUUUUUAUCUAAGCACUGCCUUCCCUCCUAGCUGCUGUGGGCCAAAGAUUUCAAUAUAGGGGAAGAAUAGUGGGUAAGAAGGUAAGAAGGAGCUCCUGUUUAGCCUGCUUUGUACUGGUGUGAUUCCUUUAGUGCCAGGAGAAUCUGAAAAAUGCCAUGAGAAUGAGGUAUACAGUGAUGGAGUAAAGAGAUUAGGGCAGGCAAGAAGUGAAUCCUACCAUUCGCACCGUCUUGCAAAUUAUCCCCUUACAUGAUGCUAAACGGAUGCAGUGCAGCCCAUCCACCUCAUUGAGAAAAGGUGAGUGCCUCAUGUAACCAAUCUGACUUCUUCCGUCAUCACCUCUGGCCAGAAACAGAGAAGGGAGAGUGAGGUGAUCCAGGCAUCAGAAAAAAGAUUCACAUAAGCAGAAACCAAAUGAUCUUUUCUGUACUUCCUAAGUGGAUGCUAUGUGUCAGAGCAUUAUGUUACCAGGCUUGAUGUUUGCAGCCAGACUUAGCUAGUGAAGAAUGGAAGUAUAGGCAUGGUUGCCUAAGCAAACUCUACAAGGCUCAGGGAGUGGGAAAUUAAAGGCUCCCCCUCCCACUCGGUGCCCAACCACUAGUUGUAGCACAAUCCUAGUAAAAUAUUCUCCUGUUAUCAAGUGUAAAUGCAGCAAAGAAAAUGUCAUAAGCAUCUCCCCUUGGUAGAUGUUUUUGUUUUGUGAUUUAACUUGUUUUUGAGCCACAGGUUCCUCAUAUAGCAAAUGGUAGUAAUUAUCACAUAUAGGGUUGUUAUGAACGUUAUAUAAGGUAGUAUAUGUAAAUCACUUAGCAGAGUGCCUAGCACCUAUGGGACAUUAAAAACAUAAUAGCCAUGAUUAGGUUAUUCAUGGUCAUAGAAUAUCAUCAGGGGCCCACAUUUGCAUAAAACACUGGCUUUAUACACAGUGCCCAUAUCUACCCCUUUAAAUGUGGUUGGAGGGAUCCACACCACUGAUUCUGAGACCAUAACUUGAUGCUUUACAGUUAAUUCCUUUUAGAGCCAGGUCUGCUUGGGAAAAUGAAAAGACUAGAAAACAAAUGAAGUUAGAGACAAAGGAGACUUCUAGGCCAGUACAUUUUCCCUAUUUCAGUAGGACUAAAAAGUAGUGCUCUUUGGAGGUCUAGAAUUUCUGAUGUAGUGGAAACCUGAAGUUCUAGCUCCAUUAGAAUAACCAAUUCAUUGCUUCUUUUUUUAAGAUUUUAUUUAUUUAUUCAUGAGACACACACACACACACAGAGAGAGAGAGAGAGGGAGAAGCAGGCUCCAUGCAGGGAGCCCAACGUGGGACUCUAUCCCGGGUCUCCAGGAUCACGCCCUGGGCUGAGGCAGCGCUAAACCACUGAGCCACCCGGGCUGCCCAUUUUGCUGCCAAGUUCUGGUAUAAAGAGUGUACAGAGAAAAAACAUAAGCCUAAGUCUAGGCCAGAAGUACAAGACUUCCCCUUUGGUAGAGAGUGCCAUUUAUUUGGUUAGUUUUCUUAUCAUAACCUAGAUUAUUUUCUCUGUGUCUGUGUGUGUAUGUAUAUGUGUGUGUGUAUACAUACGUAUAUAUAUGGUACCAAGCAGAUAUUAUGCCUUUCUGCUUUGUACUGUACCACUGCUGCUAGCUAAUAACCAGCAAAAUGUAGAAAAUGAACAAUGAUAAACUAAUUCUCUGUAGACAUCCUGGAGAAAAGAGUGCCUGCCCCUGACUUAAUGGGGCAGAGAACUGACUAUUUUGAGAAUUUGCCUUUUCCGAAGGCUGACUGCUUCUAGCCCCGUGGCAUUUCCAGCUCUGCCUGUGGGGCUGGCCUGGCUCAGAUAAUCCCCUGUGACUGGCCAUUGGAGCAGUGGGGCUCCUGAGGCUGGUUCACAGCACCCAGAGGUCUCUUACUGUCAACAGAUUGCAUGCUGUUGAUAGACCAAAAUCCAUCGGGGAUUGUGUCCCCCUCUGCUAACUCCUUUUCCAAAUUGGGAGCUUCAUUUAAGGACUCAUUCCUUGAGUUCCCAACGUAAUUGACUUUGCAUCCAUUUCUGUUUACCAAGGCAAAAUCAUAUCAGAAGUGUAUAAUAUAGAUGCAAAUGGAAGGCAGCCCAAAUAAUGGAAAAGGACAGAUUUUUCAGCCCAUCUGGGGCUUGAGAAAUGAGGUUUUGAUUUAUGAUUGAAAGCAGUUCUGAAAAGCAGCCAGCUGCAUGGGUUUCAGUUUGUGGCCCUUCCUGAGUGCAGAGAGAAAAAAGGAAAAGGAGUCACAUAAAGUGUACACAUUCAGUUCCUCUUAGAACGAUAGCUCCCACUGUUCAACUGUUUAAGAUUCUGGAUAGUGCACAUCCAGAGGUGAAAUAAAGACAUUUUCACUUAUAAAUGCGCUAAGUUAACCUUGAGAGAGAAGUGCCUGUAAUCUCUGUUUUUGGUGUCACUUGAAAGCUUUUGCUUCAUGACUCUAUAGCCGUUUAAAAAUUUGUUGCAGCAAAUGUGAUUAACAGAAGUUUACAAAGCACCACUGUAGCUUAUGCAUCAUGUUCAAAAUUGCCUAACAUUUAUCUAUUGUCAAAGCAACAAUAAACAACAAAAUAAAAGGAGAGCAAAUAGGUCAAUGUGGCAUCAUAGGCUUAUCUUAGAUAAACUAGUUCCAUCAUUUCAUGUAGCCCUCAGUCAUGCCAGGAUUAAAAUAUCAAGCAAACCACUCAAACAGUCACAAAUAUGUCUGUGUGUUUGUUAGUCUAGUUGUUUGUUCAGCAGCCAUUUUAUUUUCGCACUGUAAUAAACUGAAAGGGGAAUUAAGAUAAUGCUUCCCCCCCAUUGCUAUUCAACUACCUCUAUAUGCUUGGUUUCUCUUUAGGGAUUUCUUUCCUCCGGAUCUGUACAAAAAUGCAGUUUCAGCUUAUCUAUGUUGUAACAACAAUGUGAUUGAUACAGACAGUUGCUGUGAAAGCUGUUCAUUCAUUAGAAAUGUUUACUGUUGUUUCACUUUGUAUCUAACGAAACUGUGCCCGUAACCUUAGGUCAAGAAUUACCCAAAAUAAGUUAUCAUUUUGUUGGAAGCAGAAUAGAAAGGAAAGCUAUCGGACCAUCUAUUUUGUUCUUGUUCCUGUUUGCUUAUAAUACAUUUGACCAGAUCUUUCAAGAAAGUAGACUUGCCCUCAGAGAGUAAGCUCUCAUGUAUUUGAGAGUGAAGCUGCCAUGAGUUAGUUAAUGUGACUGAUGUGUUAGAAAAUCUGGCCAUAAACUGUUUUUUAAAAAUGCACCAGAAAAUCUUGUUAAAGACUUAUGUUGUAAACAUUUUUGCCAACAAUCCACCCCAGGUUUGUUUGUAAAUCUGUUCGUAUGUUGAGUUUGCUUAAAGCAGAAUACACUACCUACUCUGUUUUCUCUGCCAUUAUAAAAUGUUUGUGAA